GACAUUUGCAUUCUUAGCAGCUAAAACAGAUUGUUAAUUCUACAAUAAAAGACAGUUCCUGUAAGACUCUUCUCUCAACGCCAACUGCCACAGCCUGUCAUCUAAAGACACACAGUUUGACGAUGACGUCCAUGAAGAUGUGGUAUCUCUUGCUCCUCGCUACCGUCCUGCCCAUUGUUCCCACAGUGGCUGAAGUUGUUAAGUCAGUGUCCGACUGUGACCAGUUUCUCCUUGAAGCGAAGCCUCCAGCAAUCCCAGGCAUCUUGGAGGGCGGGAACAAUCUGAACCAGAACCAAUACAAAUUCAUAUGUCAGACUUUUUACAAUGAGAAAAGGUUUCUGACAUUCUACGACACCAAGAACAAGAUUCCAGUGUAUUCUGCUUUGAAGUACAGAGGGGAAAAAGAGACGGGAAGACCCAAGACACAUUGGAAGAUAGAGCCACAGCUUGAGAAAGAGGACGAGAACAAGAACAUGUUGGAUGUAUACGGAGACAGGACCUACAACAACCAGGCUGGGAACAAUGAUUACAAAGGCCAAACGAGGUAUAACAGGGGCCAUUUAAUUCCAAGCGCUUAUGGCUUCCAGAAUUCUGACAAAAAGUCCACCUUUACCCUGACCAACAUCGUUCCACAAGAACAAACAUUCAAUGAGGGAAGCUGGGACACAAUGGAGAAGUUCAUCAAAUGUAUUAUGGACCGGCACUGCACCAACAAGACUGAUACUGAAGCCUAUGUGGUAACUGGAGCACAACCCAGUACCACAAACACUCUCAUUAAGACGGUUAAUGUUCCCUCCAUGCUCUGGUCAGCAUUCUGCUGCUACAACCCAAAACAGAAGAAAUGGAUCGCAAACGCACACUGGGGCGGCAAUGUUCCAGAAAAGUUAUCUGAAAAGAAAACUCUGCCCACUAAGACUCUGGGAGAACUCAAACAAGAACUGGGGAUAACUGUGUUUCCUGAAACAAAGUGUCCUGAUACUGUUUUCUUCACUGACUUCAAUGACUGCCCAUGCCCCCACUCUACUUCAACCAUUUCUUCCCGUCCCACUUAACUGCCCCAUUCACACCCACAUCUGGCCAUCCCACCAUGACAUCUGCCCCUCUAUCUACAACAUCAAGUCCAUCUUAUCUAGUCCCGCCACGUCUACAUCUGCCUCUCUCUUUACCACAUCUGAGUACAGAUGUUUCUUUGAGGUUCUUCCUGUUUGAGGAACAUAUACAACAUUUUACUUUUUGUUUGAUUUCAUUUGUUACGAUGACAGGAAUACUGGAUAAGAGAAAGUGUCCUUUGCAUGGCUUCAGAUGGAAGACAAAUACAUGAUUUGUAGGAUGUGAAUGAAAUAAACCGCAGACGCCUCAUACUGUGUGUGUGUAGUGAUGAUUUUAUCUUUAUUGUCAGCUCAUCAUACAGAAGAUACAUUAUAUUAUCUUAUUAAAAUUCUUUUCUAAACAUGUCCUUAUUGGUCUUCAGA